UUGCUAAAGAACAAAUGGAGGAGGCUGAAUGGAUAGUCGAGUUAGAUUUUCAAUCAGUAAGAGAAAUGUUUGAUCCUGUUGUCAACAAGAUUAUCGAAUUAAUCCGAAGGCAACUUGCUUCGACCGAACGUAAAUGUUCGGCAAUGUUCCUAGUGGGUGGGUUUAGUGAAAGUCAAUACGUGCAAUCUCAAGUUCGAAGACAUUUUGCAACACAAGUUCCUAUUAUAGCCGUACCAAGGCAUCCCAUUGCUGCUAUAGUGCGUGGAGCGUUAGAGUAUGGAUUGCAUAUGGAUGUAAUACAAACUCGUGUUUUGAAGUUCUGUUAUGGCGUGGAGGUUAGUGCAAAAUGGGAUAAGACGGACCCACCAGAACGUAGAACUCCUACUGGACGCAUUUUCCGGUUCCACAAGCUGGCGCUGCGUGGAGUUGAAGUCGCUGUGGAUCAAAAAUUUUACUACACUGCAGGUCCAGUGGUACCAAACCAAACUGAUAUGACCUUUAACAUAUUUAUUACUCCUAAUAAUGACGCCAGAUAUUGUGACGAAGAUGGCAUGAAAAUGUUGGGUAAGAUGAAGAUCGAUUUACCUGACCCUCAACGUG